CUCCAUUUCAUAACAACAGAAUGUCAUGGGCUCCAACCUUCCCAGCUGAAAUUAUCCUGAUAGUGGUCUCCUGACAAAGGCCGAAAGACUCAUUGAGCCAGCGCGAUGCCCGUGCGGCCAACCAAGGAAAGCGGUCUGACCACGGUGGCCUGUGUCGAGUGCAGGAAGCAGCACCUCAAGUGCGAUGCUAAGCGCCCGUCCUGCUCUCGCUGUCUCCAGAAUGGCCUUCACUGCGAAUACAUCGCUUCACGUCGGGGUGGGCGUCGUAUAUCUCGUCAUAAGCAGAAGCUAAGUGCCGCUUCAUCAUCACCAGUGUAUCAGCAGAGUUUGCCGGGCAUGACUCUCAACCAUACCCAAUCUGUUUUGCAGAGUGUUACUCCCGACUUGUCUGGACAGGCGAAUCGUCACAUUCCCACUCCGCCAAGUACUUCAUUCUCUCAACAACUGACCGGUAACGAUCUCUCCAAUGCUGGUAGUGAUGAAGCUUCGUGGCUAGGGAUACUUCCCACGAAUGACUACGCCUCCGGUGUUAGUUUGAGCAAAGCAAGCGUUGAAGAUGACAAUCGUCUGCUUCGGUUAUACUACGAAAACUUCCAUGCCGCUCAUCCGAUUCUUGCCCCGAGCGGAAUGUACAACGACCAAAACUAUCCACCCUACCUACAGGCUGUGGUUUACUUUGUCGGAUCUCAAUACACAUCGUCCGGUCGGUCAAACGAAUACAAGAAUAGGGUUGUCGACCUGCUGGCAUCCCAUACAGAGCACUCACCAGCGGCAGUCCAGGCUUGGCUCAUAUACGCCAUCGUGUUAAACGCCCGAAGGGAAACAGACGAAGCUAAAGCUGCACUGACCCGCAGCAUCGACCUGGCUCUGGAGCUAGGGAUGAACCGUGCUGGAUACGCCUCGUCUGCCUAUGCAGAAUGCUCGCUCCAAGCCGAAAGCUUACGCCGGACGUGGUGGGAGCUUUAUAUCACCGAGAUUCACAUGGCCAUCUCACUCAACUCGUGUACCAACCGCUGCUGUGCUUCCCAUCUGGAGGUGCCUCUUCCCUGCGAGGAAUCCAUCUACAAUGCGGGUAAGGGCAUUCCCAGACCGAGCACGAUGCUUGACUUUCGACGGCGCAUUCUCGCUGCUGAAGAUCCGAUAUUUUCCUCGUUCAGCUACCGGAUUGAAGCUACGGCGAUUUUGUCUCGAGUGACCAUGUUGAAUCGCAUCCCUGACUGCCAUCGCGACCACGUCCAAGCUGCCGAAAACGCUCUCGUGAGCUGGACAAACCAUCUCCCAGCAACGAAACUCGACAUCGUCGACGCAUACGGAACCGUCGACGAGAUGAUAUUCCAAGCUCAUCUGACAAUCGGCUACGCGGCGAUGCUCCUCCACCUACCACGGAGCGAUCUACAUCCAGUCCUAGCACAGCCUGAAAAGAGCCAGUUCUGGCCGGGGGCAUCAUGCCAUCAGCAGCUCUCAUCUACGUCAACCCGACUGGUCCACAGCAUAAAAGCAACCGAGGCCUCGCGCCAGGUCUCCGACUCCAUCUCGAUCUGCCCCAAUAUCCUCAAACAUAGCCCCUUUAUCCUUCCCGCGCUCUCACUUUGCGGCCUCAUCCAACUCGCUACGUCCACAGUCCACUCGGACGAAUGCUUCGAUCACCAUUGCAACCGCGUCAAUCUCAUCCUCGGCUGCCUUAAGAGUGCCCGACGGACCUGGGAACUAGCCGAGUCGACAUAUCAAAGCUUACGAUCUUCUGCAGCGGAUCUGAUGUCGGCUUCACUGGAGCGGUGUCAGUGGAACGCAGCACCUGUAAAUCAACAAACCGUUCCGAGCGAGUCUACCACCGCGGACCCAACCCGGUCCAGCUCGGUAGCGUUGGAUGGACAGGAUCCCAUGAUGACAUGUCUGCCGCCCAACUUCUUCGACCGUGCUUGCUUUAAUGCUUCCAUUUUUACGGCGGUUCCGGAUCUCGAUAUGAUAUAGGGAUCUUUGGUUCUAUCUUCCAGCGCAUGUCCCGCGCUAUCUUGCUGUGCUUGCGUGAUGCACCGCUCCUUGUACCUAUACCAUUCUAUCAGAGCAAGUUGGAAGGGUCAUACCUGUCGAGCAGAGCAGAAGGCGCUCCACAUCUAUUCUCAUCGCGAAGAAUCCAAGUGCUGCUCCUCAACGACUUUAGAACAUGCGCUUUCGCCACGCUAAAAAGCAAUCUUGUCAUCUACGGGCUUAAGCUCUCGCGGACUGAAGCGGGCCCCAAUCUAGCCUUCAACCUACACCCAUCGGGGCGCCUGUUAUGCGUGGACAGGUACGUACUGGGACUGUAGCGGCAGUAUUUCAGAACGGUGUGCUGUCCAUAUAGCCCAUCGGGCAAUGACUGACAAACGCCCUUGGAGCCUGACUCAGAAUAAGCUCCUGUAUUGCCCCUCUAGGCCUCUUCUCAACCGAGAAAUGCUGGCUAGCAGGCUACCUAGGUAGCGUGCUGGGAAAGUAGCUCUCCAGCUCGGAAGUCUUGGGAUAAUACGGGUACACUAUGCAAGACCCCAGGGUAAUCAAUCCCCUCUGCCGAGAUCAGACGGACCGAAUUCAACUGAGGGGUGCAGCCAUGCAACACCUUGAGCGGGGUCCUACCGCGCCCUCUUGUUCUCACCACUAUGGGAGCGUGUAAUACUUGCGAUCGUUUUGGCUUCUAGGUUAUCAUACUGUCAAACAAGGCGCGACGGACCGCCAACAACCCCCCUAAGAACCUCGCUCCGAUUCGAUCCCUCUUGUAUUCAUCUACUCUCCUUUUACAAUUCGAGUCGAGGAUUCCGUACUUUCAGGACUUUUAUAUUAUCAAUGCAAUGACCAACAUCCUCCGGAGGUGAAUAUGAGCGAAUAUGGCACUGGUCAGGUCUUGCACGUUAUCAGCUCCGCUGUCAUUAUUAAUCCAUUAUCUGCCAUGAAUAAGCCUCUCAUCGAGAGAAAAUGGUACACAAGAUGACCACGUACCUGAACCAGGGAAGGAAAGGUCUCAAGGGCCUCUGUAAGGCUUUCGGGCAAAUAUGCCCCUCUUUCGCAAGAUGACGGCGAGUAAGAUGAGUCCUACUUGGUCGGCAGGUCUACCUAGUGGUGAUGGUCAAGCGAUUGAUGAUAACUCCUCGGAGGUAUCUAUAUGCGUGAAGGAGAAAGGGGUUCUUUCUAUCCGAGCCCUAAGGCUAGAUGACGCUGAGACUAGUGGGGUCACAGAAAAUAUAUAAUAGCGCCUCGACCUUACCGAAAGACCACGAAUAUAUCAAGCCUACCAAUGCGAGAUGGGGUCCUGUACAUACUGAAGCAAGUCCAAUGUCUAUCAUUUCUCGCCUGUUUGUUGCUGUCCACCUACACAUACCCCUCGUACUAGCUUUAACUUAAAAAGACCG